AUUAAAUACAAUAACCUGCCUACUUUGGACUGAGCUAAAAAAACUUGCGGGAAAGAAUCAACAAACAAAACGAUUGAAUUUCCAGUUAUUUUUGUAAUAACAUUUUCAAACAGAAAAAGAAAUGGCAGAAAGACCAGAGGACCUCAAUCUUCCUAUGACUGUAAUCAGCAAAAUAAUGAGACAGGCAGUACCGGAAGGUGUGAGUGUGUCUAAGGAAGCAAGAAGUGCUGUGUCCCGGGCAGCUAGCGUCUUUGUUCUGUAUGCUACAUCUUGUGCUAAUAACUAUGCGUUGAAGGCUAAGCGGAAAACAAUGAAUGCAGCUGAUGUGUUUGCUGCCAUGAAAGAUAUGGAAUUUGAUGAGUUUCUGGAGCCCCUGCAGCAAAGUUUAGACGAAUUCAAAAAGGAACAACAAGACAAGAAGGUUGCUUCAGAGAAACGAAAGAAAAGUAAAACAGACUCGGAGAAAUCACAGGGAGAGACUGCUGGUGAAGAUGAUGUGAAUGACAGCAAAGAGAUGGAAGAGGAAGAGGAUGACGAGGAUGAUGCAAAUGAGGAAAAAGCCGAUGAGGAGGAGUCAUGAAAAUAAGCCUAGCAACUUUCAUUGGACAUUCCAUGUUAUAAACAUUCAUAGAAGUAUCCUAUGCUAGCAAACAAUGAGUAAAAGAAAUUUAACACAUUGACUGGCAUCUACGAAUGUACUGGCAUAUUGCUAUGGAUACCUAAUGCCGGCCUCCAAUAUCGAGUAUUCUUUUAGUCAACUUUUGGCCUUUUGUAUUGAAAAUUAAGUAUGUUGGUGUUCCAGUCAGCGUAACAACCACUCGAUUCUUUAAAAAAAAAAAUGUUUAUUGUGUUUCAUAAUGCCAUGGCUGGCGCUGGUAGAUUAAUUUUUUAAAGUUCUCGAAUUGCAGAACAAGUUCUUGACUUGCCGUAUAUGAAUUAAUGUACAUAAAUAAACAUGUUGGAAAAACGGUGCAUAUCAGCCAAUUCUUAUACUUGUGUAGUUUUUAUACUGUAAAAUGCAUACAUAUUUGGCAGAUUGCUUUAGUUGAACAAUGAACUUGUUUACUUCCAAUAUAUCAAUCGAUGUACAGUAUUAAAACCUUUUCUUAAGGUA